CAUUUGCACGGACCCUACAAAUACACGAAGUCUGUCCUGCCCCCGAGCAGUCGCAGUCACAGCCGCUUCUUGAGACCUGGGACAGAGAGCUGUUCUCUGACCACCUCUGGGCACGCUGCCUUGCUCCAGGAACUGUGACUCCCAGCCAUGAAGACUCUCGCUGUCUUUGCUGCCUUUUCCCUGCUGGCCCUGCUGGCCUGGGCUGAGCCUCACCCAGGAAGAGCUGACCAGCCUGACCCCAAGAUCCUGCAGGAGGAGGAAGACCAGGUUGCGGUCAUCUCCUUUCCAGGGGAGGAAAGCACUGCUCUUCAAGAUGCAGGUGCAAGGGCAGGUCGGACCUGCUAUUGUAGACUGUCAGCCUGCCGUUUUCGUGAACGCACCCUAGGCAUCUGCAGAUACCAGAAUCGAAUCUACAGAUUCUGUUGCUAAUCAUCCAGAGAAAAAUUACAAUAUGCUCUACGCCUAGAACAGAAUUGCUGUUUUCACUGAACUAUGUCUUCCAAUAUUUUCUUUUUCUUAAAUAAAUCCCUGUGGAAGUGC